UCCUCGCUGGGCAGGCUCUCUUCUAUACAAUCAGCCUCUUCUUACGGAGUACUCUUCUUCUUCCUCUUCUUUAUUAUUAUUGUUUCUUCCUGUCCUGCUCGAAUAUCUUCGACUUUUCUUCUCCUCUCCAGCGUGUUCCUCUAUUUCUGUGGCUGGGAAAUGUAUCAGAAAUACCGGGAUGUUACGUGGUUUACUCUUCGGGAUGUGGUAACAAUGGUAAUUACAGACCGACGAAGAGAAGAGAAGAGAACGAAUAAACGACAGCGACGAAGAAGAGAAGAGAUAGUCAUGGAGGAUGAAAAGUCGAUCUACGAGAUGCAAGCAACCAAGAGAUGA